GUUUAUAAUGUUUUCACGGAAUUAAAAGAGGAGAAACAUAAAAAUUUUCAGAAAUGAUAGUUGGUGUCGAUUAAAAUCCACAGCUGAAAUCUCUGCUCGUCAGUCAUCAGCCCUCGAGCAUUCUUUUGUCUCUGCCAGUUGGAAAGGAGUCCUAACUACAUAUGAUAAAGCUCUUAUUGUCACAACACAUUUUUAGUUAUAGUCGAAGAUUCUUCUGUGCAUUUUCAUCAAGGGACUUCCAGUCAUUCUCCAAAACCACUGUCAAGAUGUCAAUGGAUGGCUAUAAUUUUGGGCCUUACGAAAUAAGUACCAAGGAAGUCUUCUACACGACUGAGCUAUCAUUUGCAUUUGUGAACCUCCGGCCUGUUGUUCCGGGUCAUGUUCUUGUCUGCCCAAGGCGCAUAGUGAAGCGCUUUGGUGAACUCACUGCUGAUGAGGCUACUGAUCUGUGGCUUUCAGCGCAGAAGAUUGGCAAUCAGCUUGAGCGUUAUCAUAAAGCAUCAUCACUUACAUUUACAAUUCAAGAUGGACCUGACUCAGGGCAGACAGUACCACAUAUUCAUGUUCAUAUCCUCCCACGCAAGCCUGGUGAUUUUGAGAGGAACGAUGAGAUCUAUGAUGCAAUAGAUGAGGAGGAGAAGGAAUUAAAGAAGAAUCUUGAUCUGGACAAAGAGAGGACAGAUAGAAGCAUAGAGGAGAUGGCUCAGGAGGCAGAUGAAUACAAAGCACUUUUCUCGUAGAAAUUUCGAAAACUUGACUUCUAGAUUUGAAGGGUUUAUUCACUAAUUUUCUUACUCAUUUGAAAUCAGCCUGGUUGCCUUCACAACUUCUGAAUUACAUUGCAUCAGAUGCAAAUAGCUUGAAAAGUCACAACUUGAAUUCUAGUGAUUUGCCCAUGUAGUGAACAAUGGAUGUUGUUUGUACUUUUUCAUCAAGCAUCAAAUAAAGUUGUAUGAAAUUCAUCGAUA